UAAACUUUGGAAAGUGACAGCUCAGUGAGAAACUGUCUCCAGACCAUAAAUGAAGAACCCACACAACACAACCACAACAAUGGAAAGAAGAAAAUAUCAAUAGACAGAGAAAAUGAAGCAAUACGUGCUUGUUCACGGCGGUUGCCACGGCGCGUGGUGCUGGUAUAAGGUCAAACCGGUGCUUGAAGCUUCAGGACAUCGUGUGACCGUUGUUGAUCUAAAGGCUUCAGGUGUGAACAUGAGCAGAGUGGAAGAGAUUCAGUCGCUUGAGGAUUACUCCAAGCCGUUGCUCGAGGUUCUUGAGUCGUUUGGCUCAGAAGAUAAAGCGAUCCUUGUCGCGCAUAGCCUUGGAGGGCCAUCGGUUGCUCUUGCAGCAGACAUGUUUCCUCGUAAGAUCUCUGUUGCUGUUUUUGUAACGUCGUUCAUGCCCGACACAACCAAUCCACCUUCUUACGUUUUCGAAAAGUUUCUCGGGAGUGUUACGGAAGAAAACCGGUCGAAUAUGGAGUUUGGUACAUACGGGACACAUGAUCGUCCUCUUACGACCAUUCUUCUUGGAACCAAAUACUUAGCCAAGUACAUGUACCAACUUUCUCCAGUCCAAGAUUUUGAACUGGCCAAAAUGUUGGUGAGAGUUGGACCGGCGGUUACUAGUAAUCUCACGGGGACAAAAUGCUUAACCGAGGAAGGGUAUGGAUCGAUUACUCGUGUGUACGUCGUAUGCGGAGAAGAUAAGGGUUUAACCGAAGAUUUCCAGAGAUGGAUAAUCGAGAAUUUUCCGGUUAAAGAAGUGAUGGAGAUCAAAGAUGCUGAUCAUAUGCCAAUGUUCUCCAAGCCACUUGAACUCUGUGAUCGUCUUCUAAAGAUUGCUGAUAAAUAUGCAUAAACAAAAAUGGUAAUGAGAUCAUUAUUGUCAUAUAUUAGUAGAAAAACUUCAGCUUCCACCACCGUGAUAAGCUACAUGUUUCAUGGGAUGGAGUGAUUAUAUGAAUAAGAUUCAUGUUGUGAAAAACAAAAACUCAUGUGUAUUUUCAUUUUUAUAAACUGUUAUUAUUUAAAAAACUGAAAGGUAUGAAAGAUAUAUCUAACUAAAAAAAAC